UACAAUUUAUCUUCCUUGUCUACUAUUACUAAGUUGGUAUUUUUUCAUUGUAUUGAACAAUUAAAUAAAGUGCAGUGUGAAAGUUUAGAACUUUAUGACCAGGAAGUGGGGAAAUCCAAGUAAUCAGAAGACAUUUGCUGAAAGACAUCAAUAUCAACAAAAUGUUGAAAAGUUUCGUUCGAGUGUUUUGCAUAGUUAUUGGACUUAUUACGGCGUUAGCGUCAGCUGGACUUGUCAAGGAAAUGGGACAACAUAGCAUUAUAAAUUCUGACCAGAAAACUGGCCACGCUGACCAGAAAACUGGAACCACUAACCAGAAUGCUGGCCAUGCUAUAUCUUGUGGACCAGCUGAUUCCAAAUUAAAUGUCACAUGGAGUCCAAUAUCUCCUAAAUCUGGGGACGUGCUGUCACUAUACUUUGAUUACACAUUCAAUGAAGAAUUCACAAAUGGUAUUUACUCUCUUAAGUGGUUCUCACGCCUCGACAUGAGCUAUCCAUGGAGGGAGGCUACUGGAAUUUCUAGUCGAAUCAAGUGUGAAGAUGUGGAGGAAUAUCUAAAGGCAUCAGACGUCAAUACAAUACAGACACCUAGUAAAUGUCCUUUCCAAAAGGGAGAAAAAAUUGUCGGCAACACUGAAUUCACAGAUAUGAAGGAGAUACCAUUUGGAUAUAAUUCUUUGGUGAUAAGCCUCACCAAUCAAAAUGGACAUGUAACUGCUUGUGGAAAUGCAACAAUAUAUCUACAACUUCCUUAUUAUGAUGAUGACGGUGAAUAGACUUUGUGUGGUUUUAUACAGAAUAUGCAAUAUUUUUAUAUUAAUACUCUACUUUAAAAUGCAUAUUAUCAUUUUAUCCUGCAAUCAGAAAACUUUUGUAUGAAUAACAUAUAUAUAAAUAAAUAGUUUCCUGGUAUCUUUUUAUUUCUCUAUUUUAACAGGUCGAGACCACUACUUUAUGUGGAAAAUGAAUCACAAAAAUUAAAUUCAAUGGUAUAAAAUUCACAUUCGCAAAGAUUCGCUAAUUUUCUCUGUCAAUAAAAUUUCAGGGGUCAAGUAAAUUUUAAAUUUGAAAACAAUAAAAAAUCUAAAUUUGCAAAAAUUUUGAAAUAAUUUGACUAAAGGGCACUAGCUACGAGAUACAUAAAAAAUAUAAAAUAUGAUUUUUUUUUUGUUCAAACAUUAAUGAAAGUGAAAUAGUGGAAUAAUAAUUCGCUUUUAGUAGCCAGUAUGGUCAAAAUAAGCUAAGAAACAUUGAUGAUGAAUUAUUCACUUGCAAGUGAAUAAUUCGACCUUAUUGAAUCCGUUUUCAUGUGAACUUCAAUUUAACCCCUUAGCUAGAGAUGGAUAACGCAUGAAUUGUGUGCGUGUUUGUAUAUUUAAAGGAAAAGAAUGUCAACAUUGAAAGUGAAACAAAGGUAAAUCAUUUGAUUGACUGAUUCGAUCCUCAAAAAAAUAUUUCUUAUACAGGUAAAAAUGACGAUUAUCAUAUAUUUUUAAUCUAUAAAUGAAAUUAAAUAGACCUAGAAGAAUCCAAUUCCACGAGUUCCUCUAUCUAUUUAUAUCUAUAUUUAUGUUUAUAUAGCUAAUAUGGGCAUCGGUGGUAUUCGGGAGAUCAACUCGAUAGUUACUUAGAUGACGUCUAAACUAAAAUACACACGAAACGAAGCUACAUAUUAUGAUGCCCAUGCCAUGUACACUGUUUAUUUUAGACUUUUUAUAAUUUGGAUAAAUGUUUUACAUUGUUAUAAAACAAAUAUGAGAAUUUGAGUCAAAUCGGUGAACAUGAUGAAUUUGACAGCUAGUGCCCCUUUAAGUUUUCCCCGAAGAUAUUGAAAUGUUUAAAAUCAACUAAUAUUCACAUUAUAAAAAUGCAAUGUUCAAGAUUAGAAUAUGAUACUCAAAUUAAUAAAGCAAAACCUAGUAGUCUUGAUCUGCAAACAAUACAGGAGAAUACCUAGACUAGACUUGCUUUUCCAUCCUGUUCUAAAGCAAGUAUAAAUAAAUUGUACAUUUGCAUACAAUUUUCAAAUAUUGUAUAUAUACAAAUUACACGCAAAAUGCAAUAAUUAUCUAUUUUGCAGAAAAUGUAUUUAUGUUUAUUUGACCAUGCAUUACUAUUGUAUUAUAAUUGUGUUUUAAUUUCUCUAUAUAACAGUUUGCUUGUAAGAAUAUAAGAAUCGUCACACUUAGCGUUUGCUAAAUACCACUGUUUUGUGUUUGUUUGUUACAUUUAAUUCUAGUUUCCAUGAUAAGUCUGGAAAAAAUUAGUGUUUUUUGCAUCCGGUCUCCUCAGUCUGCUUGAAAAACAGUAUCAUCAGCGUACUGUAAAGCUAAUAGUUUUCAAAUUAAUCUUUCUCUUAAUAUUUUUCUAGGGGGACAUCCAUCGUAUUCAGGAAAAACUGGUAAAUGUUAUUAAAAAAAUAAAAAUGGAAAAGGGGACACAGGAUCACCCUGUCGUACACCAGUAUGACAAAGACAACAUUUUGAAGGGUCUUUGCUAUAUUAAACACAUGAUUUUAUAUGAUCAUACAUAUUGAAAAUAACCUUUAAUGUCACUAUUCUGUAGAUUUUUUUCCACAAUCCACUUCUUCAUACGGUAUCGAAAUCAACAAAACUACAAAAGAUUUUUCCCCUAAAGACUGAUUAAGUCGCGAUAUCAAUGCAAGUAAUAUAGAAUGACGUUUUCGAAAAAACUGCUUGAAGAUACGAAAUUUCAAUACUCUUUAUUCAUCAUUAACAAAAAUAUAUACUAGUUUGAUUCUAUCUAUAAUUAUUUUUCUCCAAACGCAGCAUUUACCAUCUUUCCUUUCCUUACUCACCACACGCUCACUUUAUCGCCUACUCCUUCCCUCCAUCCCUCUCAAUCCUACUACUCCCUCACUCCUACUCAUUCCCUCUCCCACCCUCCUUCCCUAUCCCUCUCUCUCUCUUUCCUAUCUCUCUUCCCUCUCGCACUCAGUUACUCACAUUCUUCUACUUACCCAGUGAAUCCUCUGUUCAUCUUUCUCGGUUUAUAUCUAUUCGGUUGUAUUGCUGGGAUGUGAAUGCCACAGUACAUCGGAGAAUAUAUCACGGUCUACCAUUGUGUGGAAAUUAGAGAUGGACGUUCCUUCAGAUAUUCUUCAUUAGGAAAGCGUGCAGUGUAAUUAAAAAUUCGUAAGGGUUCCGCGGAACCCAGUGUCUCGCCUACUUUUGCUGUUAAUCGCAGGCUCAACAAAAAUGAGGAAAAAAUCAAUAAAAAUAUUCCUUUAGUUACUAUCUUUUGAUUGUAAGAAGCUUCUGUCAAAGUUUGGUAUAAAUCCAGGAUAGUUUAUGAAUCUAAUAAAUGUUUUAAAAACUUUAACUGCAGACUGUAUUUAAUGUUAACUGGAAGAAAAACUAAGUCCAUUUUUAAGUAAAAUACGGAUAAACAGGUACACAAUUUUAACAAAAUUUCCUUCUAGAUACUAGCUUUUGAUCAUAAACAAGGUUCUGUCUAAGUUUGGUACAAAUCCACGAUAGUUUAAGAAAGUUAUUAAAAUUUUAAAAACUUUAACCACAGAGUAAAUGUAUUGUUUCCUGGCGGAAAAACUAAGACCAUUUAUAAGUAAAAUACGGAAAAAAUGAUUUUUUUU